UUCCUCAAACUGAUCGAAUACCUGCGCUACACCGCCCAGCCUAAGCAUGUGUACCAAUUGGCGGUCAGAAUUCAAGAGCUUGGCCGGCAACGUCGUUUCGAGAUAUUCAAGGCAAGUCUACACUCAAUGGAGAACGAGGAGCAAAAGACGGCCCUGCUUAAUGAAUGGGCGGAUGAUAUGCCAGCAAAGCUGCGUGAACGCUACUCAAAAUACGCAGGCUCCUGGGACUACGCUAACGAGAGUGAAGCGCUUAGCCUAGCGAGAACACUGUACAACUGGGUGAUUAUUGAAAGGAUCACGAAGAAGGAGCUCGACAACAGGAUCCAGUUCUUCGUCUUCUCUAACAAACCGGCCCCAACAACAUACAUGCCCGCAAAAUCUAUCGGACCGUCUAGAAGCUACAAAGACGCACUU